UUGUUUGAAAAAGUUUUCCGAGCCAUGUAUCGCGAAAUACGAUCUGCUAAAAGUGUUGGGGAGCUUAGAAAGAUUUUUGAGCCUGAUAAAGCAAAUGAAAAUGCAUCAGGGUUGUCUAAAAAAGCCUACCGAAGUGACAGCGAUUCUCAUAUUUCCAGUGCAGUUUACAAGCCUGCUGGUUUGGAUGAAAAUGUGCAACUACCGAUGAAACAAAUUAUAGACGACAUGGGUGGAAGUGACCCACUAUUGCCCAGUGAGGAGUUAUUUUCCAAACUUUAUACAGACGUAUCCAGUUCGCCGCGCCGAAGAUCGCCAAUUGGCGCCAGCAUUGAAAACGUUUGUUUCUCUCCAACAUUUAGUGGUUCUCUUGAAAAUGUGAAAGAGGAAACUUCAUUAUCUUUAGUAAACGAGAAUAUACCAAAUAAUCUUAAAAAAGCAUCAAAGAAAGUUCUCAGAAAGCUGGAAAAGGAUUCAACAGUCUUUAUUACAGGAGAUCCUGGGGAUGAAAAAUCCAAAAUAGCAAACCUGUGCGCAGAAGAAUUUCAUGAAUCAUGUUCAAAUUCUAUUCUGAUUCGGAUAAACAGAAAUUCCCAAUUUCCUGAUUUAAAAGCUUUGAAAAAUUACUUAUUAGUUAUUGAUGGUCCUUUUGACCAAAUAGACACUGCAUCGGAUAUUAAAUUUAUCCUUCGAAAAAUUCAGGAAAAUGUCCAAAAUGAGGAAAGUACGUGUAAAAUGAUAGUUGUUAUGCAACGGGAGACUUUUGCCUUUGUAAAAACUUAUUUUAAUAGAAUGGAAUGGCUUCAAUAUGAUCAAAUAAUUGAUUUAUCAAGCUCUUUCGGAAACAAAAGUUCCAAGGAAGAUCUUAUCAAUCACAUCACAAAUAUGGAUGGACAUUGUUUACUGCUGUUGGGGGCAAUUGCAAUGACCGAUGGGACACUUCAAUGUCGAAGGUUGCAUUGUGCAAAUCAAGAAGAUUUGUUAUGGCACAAUGUCUCUGUUUUUGCAGGAGUCUCUUUUCAGAAUUCAAAGAUAAGAUUACUAUGUAAAGUCGCAUAUGCGUUAAAAGGAAUAUACAUAACAGAAAAGUCAGAUUCGUACAUUUUCAUAAAUGAGACGGUGUCCGAUGCUGUUCAUUUAUCUCUCUUAAUGAUAAAUGGGCUGAAGUAUAUGGAAGAAUGUCCGCUAUCUAAAAUAUCGUUAUACUCAAUAUGUGAGAUGACACAAACAUCUAUGUAUGAAAUCUUUGAAAAACGUGUCAUACGUGAAAUGGGGAAAGAGUUCCCAAGACUUGUUGAAUUAUUAGAAAUGGAGAUCUGGCAGAAAGAAGAUAUUGUUAAGAAGAUUGGCCCAAAACUUGUUAAAUCUGUUUUAUCUUUAAAAGAAAACAUUUUAAAGACAUUUUUGCAGCUAAUAUACAGAAACAAGCAUAUUCCUCUUUUGUCAUACUUUUUCAUUGCAUUGCCAGAUUUGAAAUACAGUUUACAGGAUAAAACAAUUGUCCUCGAUACCUGGACCGCAGGAAAUUCAAAACAUUUGUGUUUAUGUCGCGAACAAAUUUUAAAUUUCGAAACAAAGAGUGCUCAGUCAAAAGCUGAUAUUUGUGAAUAUAUUGCCUGUCCGUUGAUCAGUGAUUUGGUAAUAAAGGAGUUCAUAUAUUCCCCAGACAGGCGUACUUUGUAUUCAGAUAGUGUUUCUCCGGCAACAGAUCUACAAACGUUUAUGUUAAAAAAGCGAGAAAGGAAUGGAAUAGUAAAAGGGCGAUGUAGAAGUUACGAAAAUAACUUUGAGUGGGAAACAUUACAUUUGUCAACAAUAUGGAGGGAAAAGGCGCAUAAUUUAAAAACAUUCUGUAGACUUUUGUACGGAUUAGACAAUGAAGAAAACUAUAAAACUUUAAUGUUCAGAAUCGGAAAAGAAUUGUUUGAAAAAUGGUACAUAGAGAUAGCAUUCAACCAAACAGAUACCAGAUCGAAAGUGGUUAGUAUAUAUCCUGGAUUAAAAGACUCAAACUGUUUUAUGACGUCAACAAUCAUCGAAAUUGUGAAAAGAAAGUUCAAAGUUUUUCAUACCCAACUUGAAGUUUUAAAUCUUUGGACCGGUACACGAUGUAGAAAAGACAAACACUCCCACGAAGGUAUCGACACGAUCGUGGCAAUUGUUAAAGAGAGAAUACUCCCAAUAAACGAUACAUUCUUUGGACUACACGUCGUAGUUCGAGAGGAACGUCAAGUGAGCCAAGAAGCUUCAGAUGUUAUCUUUCAAACUUCGAGUUGCUUUGGAGGUUCUAAAUUAAAGGAAAUAAAAGGAAUUACAUUUAAUAGCCUUUUAAUGAAGCACACUAAUAUAACACUCAUAAGUUUCUCGCAAGUUAUCUCUAGGGCUUAUGGCAAAAAGAACGCUAACAUUGUACACUCUCCUUGUGUAGUGAUAUACUGUAGAGUGAAAGGCAUCGUUCCACUAGGAGAGGAGGAAUUUCCUCGAAAAAUCGACGGCCAUCCUAUUGAUGUCCGUGAAGGUUUCUGUGAAUUUGCAGUCGAUGCUAUACGAGCUGGUGACAAAGUCACGUCGGAAAAACGUGAAGGGACUGGUACUUUAGGCGCCUUUGUUGAUUAUGCUGAAUCAAGAAAGAACGCGUUCAUAACAUGUGCACAUGUUUUAUAUCCAAUUAAUGAACUAAACGAACGACUCAAGACGUUAUCGAAAAAAAAUGUUAAGAAUGUGUCAAUUAAUUUGGAUGGCCAAUGGCACUCUAUUGGCAGGAUAAAGUUUGCCUCUUUUUGCAAUACCCAAGCUGAUGAGAUCAGUAUUGAUGCAGCACUUGUAGAUUUAACUGAUUUUUCUUAUGUAAAUGAUGGAAAAUUUUCUGAAACAUAUUCAGGACAACAGUUAAAGCGAGCAGGAAUAGAAAAUGAAGACAUAUCUUUUUCCUCCGGUGAGACUGAUAUUUUGAAUGAAGGAAUUCGUGAUAAAAUUUUAAUAAAAGUAGGAGCAGAAAGUGGACUUACAGUAGGGACACUUGGAGAGAAAUGUUCCUCUAAUAUAGACAUUCUUAACGAAGAUGGUUCCUUUCGGUUUACCCUUCAUAACCAAACGGAAAUUCUACCGAUUUCAGUUUACAAUCAGCCAUUUCUUAAAAGUGGUGAUUCUGGGGCCUUUGUUUUUGCAGUGGAGAAUAGAAGACCAUUGGAACUUAAGUGUAUUGGGAUGGCAGUAGCCUCGACUUCUUUUGGGUCGUGUAUUAUGACCCCGAUAAAUCCUAUUUUUAAGGCUUUGGACCUUCCUCAGAAUUGCCUGUCCUGCUACAGAAAUCAAUCUGUAGAGCGUGUUUCGGGAGAUCCUACAUAUCAAUUACUGCUUGAAUUAACGGGUAAAGUAGACACUGUCAUUGAAGACAAUAAAAAAUUGUCCCAGCAAUUCACAAAUUUUGAGGUAAAAAUAAACGAUAGAGUUACCAAUCUGGAAAAGAAGCACCAGGACUCGAAUAAUAACUAA